UUUGAAGGUGCAUUUUUUUGGAACAUGUUUGCAAAAAUAUUGAAUACUCUAAAUAACACCUGCUUGCGGAAUGUUACUACUGUAGUAGAUCAUCAUUGUAUACGAAAAAUUAUAUUAGAUUUCCCUAAAAAUAAAAAUUCUUUAUCAUUGGAUAUGCUAAACUCCUUAAUAUCCGAUACGCAAAAUGCCGCACUUAAUACAAAUAUCAAAGUUAUAAUAAUGUCAUCAUCGCAACCCAAUAUAUUUUCCUCUGGCCAUGAUCUCAAACAAUUUCAAAAGAAUAAAAAUGAUAAUGAUUUACAGUUGCAAAAGGAAAUUCUAGAGAAAUUGGUUCGCCUGAUUAAUAUUAUCCAAAACCUGCCUAUACCGGUUAUUGCUGAAAUUAAAGGCCACGCAGCUGCUGCAGGUUGUCAAUUAGCAUGUUCGUGCGAUAUAAUCACAGCAUCCGAAAAAGCUCUUUUUUCCACUCCUGGCAUCAAACAAGGUAUAUUCUGUUCAACACCGGGAGUAGCCAUAAUUAAAUCAUCUUUACCUCUCAAAAUAGCUACAAAGAUGUUAUUCACUGGCGAUCCUAUAACUGCUCAAGAAGCUUAUCAAUUCGGAUUGGUUUCUCAAGUCUUUCCUGAACAUUUGUUAGAAGAUGGCACUGUAGAGUUAGCCAAUAAAAUAGCAAAAAAUAGCAAAGAGGUUCUAUCUUUGGGUAAACAGUGUUUAUACCAACAAAUCAAUCUGGACAAGGAAAAAGCUUAUCAAGUAGCCAUCGAUGCAAUGUUGGAAAAUAUAAAAUUGGAUGAUGCCCAAGAAGGAAUCAAAGCAUUUUUAGAAAAAAGAACUCCUAUAUGGGUUAAAGCUAAAAUGAAUAAAUAAAUAAAAAAUAUCAUAAUGGAAAAAUAAUAAAAUUUAUGUUAUUUAUAUAAAUAAAUUGAUCAAAUAUUUUGUAGUUUUUUAAAUUUUUGGAUAUUUAUUGUUUAAUUAGUUUUAUAUGUUUUUGCUAUAUAACAUUGUAAAUUAAAUUAUACAACAUAAAUUAAAUUAUUUAAUUCGUAUGAAGGGGAAUUAUUAUAUUAAAUUAAUGGAUUUGUUGGUUGGAGGAUUAUUGAUAUAUAAUGUGAGCGAAUAUUUAGAUUUUUUC